GCCGCGCAUCACAAACGCUGUACACAAGUCAGGUGAGUUGAGACAUGGUGCACCUGUACUGUUGGGGAGACGGCUCCAGUGGGCAGUUCGGUCCUCAGGAAGCACUCAGCCCGGCUUCAUGGGCUGUCCCCGGGGUUAUAACCAGCAUCUGCUGCGGGGAACAGUGCACUUUAUUCCUCACUCGGAAUGGAGGCGUUUUAUCAUGUGGAAACAACGCACAGGGACAACUUGGACUAAAGAAACUUAAAGAUGGAAAGAAGCCAGGUCGUGUGGAGGGGCUGGGUAAUGUGGUGUCGAUAGCUUGUGGUCGGGACCACUGUCUGGCUGUGUGUGCAUCUGGACAGGUGUUCUCCUGGGGGGCAGGAGAAGAUGGACAGCGAGGUAUUUUACCAAAUCUACAGACAAGAGGCAACAGACCAAGUCGGGUGCCGAUUCCACUGCAAAUAGCAGUGAUUCAAGUUGCUUGUGGGAACUCCCACUCUCUGGCACUGACUAAAGGAGGGGAUGUCUUCUCGUGGGGAUUGAACAGUCAUGGUCAGCUGGGUCUGGGGAAAGAAGUUAGCCUGCAGUAUGUACCAGAACUGGUCUGCGCUCUGACCGGCGUAGCGGUGACCCAGAUUUCAGCCGGAGCGACCCACACUCUGUUCCUCACACUCCCGGGCCUGGUGUACUGCUGUGGGGCCAAUAAAUCUGGCCAGCUGGGGCUCAACAGGGUGGACGAAAAGGGCAGGUUCAACAUCUGUAUGGUGCCCGCCCUCAGACCUCGAGGUGUCUCCUUCAUAAGCUGUGGAGAGGCACACUCUGCUGUGUUAACACAGGAUGGGGAGGUUCUCACUUUUGGAGAGGGACGCUACGGUCAGCUGGGUCACAACUCCUCCGCUGAUGAAGUGAUACCCAGACUGGUCGACAGUCUUGACGGACCCGCCUCUCAGAUUUCAUGUGGCAGACGUCACACUCUGGUGUUGGGCUCCGCUGGCCAGCUGUGGGCUUUUGGCAAUGGAGCCAAAGGUCAAAUUGGGAGUGGAAGGUCAGAGGACAGUUUGACUCCCACUCUGGUAGAGUUCCCAUGGACCACUGACAGUGCAACCGCCAUACCCAACGACUUGAAAAUAUCAGCCGGGUGGAACACAAGCUUCACUUACUCUUCGCCUACACAGAGCUUGGACCGGGGACAGAUAACUGGGCGUCUUGAUGAAACCAAACUGCAAAGAUGGCUGUCAAUGAAACAUGGCAGCCCAGAGGCAAAGAGAGAAAUAUCUUCGAUGUUUCUGACGAGUUCAAGUCUUGUUGCAAGUUUCACAAAGUCUCACGGGCCUCCAUCUGAAGCAGACGUCUUAACUGUGGACCUUGAAGCUGCCGGCAAAGCUUUCGAUCAGCUGCUGGCAAUACCCUGGAUCAAACAAUCAGUCAACCUUACAAACCUGAUUGACUUGCUUUGUGCAUCAACAACUGCCCUAAAAUCACCAGAGAUCCUCUUGAUUCUGCUGACGUGUCCCCAUCUCCAAGAGGAGGCUCAUGCCAUGUACGGGGUGUUGCCGUUGGCCAUCAUUAUUGCAAAGCUGCAUGACAAGACUCUGGAAACACUAAGACGCCGGUGGUCUUCCCUGACACCCGCCGUACUGAUGAGGCACAUCUUGGUGUUCAGAAAUGCUCUGGCCUUCCUGCUAAGGAAUGGCCUCUUGGAAACUCACAACCCGGGAGUCAAAUACCUGCUGGAAGCCCUCAAGCUACUCUACAGAGCAAACAAAGCUGGAAAGUCUUAUAAAGUCCCACUGAGCACCUUUUAUGUGGAGGAAAUCGGUACAAGUGUGGCGGCAUACGGUGACAUCAUUCUUUGGAAAACAUAUUCUAAUGUCGAGGAUGACGUCAGCACACCAGCCAUUUUCUGCCGCUACCCAUUCCUGUUGAACCUGGUUUGCAAAGUGGGGAUCUUUAACACCUUUGCAUCCAUAGAGAAGUGUCCUGAUUUGCGGGUGGAUCACCAAUUGGACGCCGCCGCCCCGGUCUUCCUGCUAACUCUGAGACGAACUCACCUGGUCGAGGACACCUUCAGACACCUCAGGGCAGCCGACCACUGCGCCUUCAAAAGGAAGCUUUUGGUGCAAUUUGUAGACAAGCGGAAAUUGACGAACGUCAACGAAAGAGACUUCUUCCUGCAUGUGUUUGAUGAGCUGAUGGCUCCUGAGUCUGAAUUGUUUAUGUUCAAUGAGAGCAAGACUCUGGCUUGGUUCCCUCCCAGGCCAAAGGUGGAGGCGAAGACUUACUUCCUGUUUGGCGUUCUGUGUGGCCUGGGUCUUUACAACCACAACAUUGUCUACAUGCCCUUCCCUCUGGUCCUCUUCAAGAAGCUGCUGAGAGUCAAACCCUCACUGGACGACAUGAAGGAGUUUGAACCUGUCAUGGCCGAGUCUUGGCGGUGCAUUUUGGAGGACUACACCCCUGAUUUAGUCCAAAGCCUGGAGACUCCUUUCACUGCGGCCUGGGGCGGGGAGGAAGUUGAGCUUGAUCCGACAGAAACUGGAAAACUGGUCACAGCGUCGAACAAAAAAGAGUUUGUAGACGCCUUCAUCAACUAUGCCUUCAACAAAUCAGUGGAGGGAGUGUUUGAAGCUUUUAAGAAGGGCUUCUUCAAGGUGUGUGACAUCGACGUGGUGGAGUUCUUCCAGCCCGAGGAGUUGCAAGCAGUGAUGGUGGGCCAAGAAAACUAUGAGUGGGAGUUGUUCAAGAAGAACACCAUUUAUGAAGGAGAAUACCAUGACGAGCAUCCAAACAUCGUGACCUUCUGGGAGGUGUUUAAGAAUCUGACACCAGAGGAAAAGAAACAGUUCCUUCUGUUCCUCACAGGCUGCAACCGGGUGCCCUUCCAUGGCAUGGAGUGCAUCAAGAUGAAGGUUGCGGUCUUGCCCAACGCCACUGAGAUCCAUUUGCCAGAAUCCCUCACCUGUCAUUAUCUGUUAUUGCUGCCCAUCUACCAGCGAUACCCAGUUGAGAGGACAAUGCGGACCAGGCUUCUGAAGGCUAUUAAGCACAACAGAGGCUUCUGGAAGAAAGUGAAAGUGACAGAAUGAAGUCUUCGUCAUUCAACUCUCCGUAGUCAAAUCCUGUAUUGAGCAUUAUUUAACUGUUACAAAGAAUUAUAACCAGCAUUGCCACAUAUUCAUUUAGCUUUAG